AUGGGUUCUAACGCCGGCCUUGACCUCCGUGGUCUUACCCCCGCCCCCGUCACCCCCUUCAACAAAGACGGCAGCGUAGACUACGACGCCAUUCACCGUCUCGGCUCCUGGCUCGGCAGCAUCUCAGGCGUGAAGGGUCUCGUCGUCCUCGGCCAUGCCGGCGAGGGCACCUUCCUGACGCAAGACGAACAACUCUCCGUCAUCAAGGCCUUUGUCAAAUCCGUCGACAACCGCAUUCCCAUCAUUGCCGGCAUCACGGGGGAAGGCACCGAAGUAGCGGCCCUCGAAGCCAAGCGCGCUCGGGAAGCCGGCGCCUCGGCCGGCCUCUUGUAUCCUUCACACGGCUGGCUCCGCUUCGGAUACCAGCCCGGCGCUCCACAGGACCGGUACAAGCGCGUCUUUGAGGUCAGCGGACUGCCGCUGAUCCUAUUCCAAUAUCCGGACGUGACAAAGGCGACGUACAACCUGCAGACUCUGCUCGAUAUUUCGGCGCAGCCUGGCGUGUUCGCGAUGAAGAACGGUGUCCGAAACAUGAGACGGUGGGACACUGAGAUCCCCGUCAUCCGAAAGGAGAGGCCGGAUCUUCAGAUUCUCACCUGCCAUGACGAAUAUCUCUUGCACACCGCCUUUGAUGUCGAUGGGUUCCUGGUUGGCUACGGCAAUAUCGCACCCGAGGCUCUGAUUAAGUUGAUUAAGGCGGGCAAGGCAAAGGAUUACCCCAGAGCGAGGGAGAUACACGACAAGUUGUUGCCGGUAACCAAGGCCGUGUACCAUCGGGGAUCGCACAUGGAGGGCACUGUGGCGUUGAAGCACGCGUUGGUUGCGAGGGGCAUCUUGGAGCAUGCUACUGUUAGGUCACCUUUGUUGCCUUUGGAGGAUGGAGCGGAGAGCGAGAUCUUUGCAGCCGUCUCUGCAGCUUCGCUUUCACGUGUGAAAUAG